CUAUUGUCAGGUUUAAAUAAGAGAAAGGAAAAAAAUGUUCCAUUAACAAAAAAGUUUCGAGUUUUUUUAUUAUAGUUUACGUCAAUAUCAUAGAGAAUUUAUUUGUUCACAAUGACUUUGUAAGAUUUCAAACAAAAUAUCACAGUCAUGUAAUUUCCAAAACUUUACCGAAUCACAAAUUAACAUCUAUUAUUAACUAACUAACAUAAUUUCAAUAUGUUUCAUCCGUUAAGAUACUCGUAAUUACGAAAAUGUGAUGGGGUAACAGACUCCAAUCUGAUUCCAGCAAGGUAAGCUAAAUUCUUCGGUUUCUACCUGAUUACCCGAUAGAUAUUUUUCAAAUGCAGCCUUAGUAAUAUGAGGGUAGCUGAAAACUCCUUGUUCAGCUUUGAAAUUUUUGAACAGGAGAGACUAGGUUAUUAAGUAAUAAAUCUCUACUUAUCUAAACGGCUUAAAUAAAUGCUGCUAGAGUUAACAUUAAUGAUUUGACGGCUUAACGGCAUUUAAAUAACGUUUAUUUUCGUUUGAAUUUUUGUAAUUUACUAAGUCAAUGUCAUUAUUCAACUCCAGAAUUAUUAGAUACAAUAUAGUUACUUAAAGAAAUAUAGCCUGUACUGCAUUAGUAUGAAAUUGCUAUUAGAAAUACUAAUAAAAGUCAGUGCUCCAUAUAUUUUCAGAUCCACUGAAGAAUAUACCAAAUAAAAAUUGCAAUAUGGCAUGCUGCUGCAAGCCUGGACAAGCUAACAAGUCUGCAGCAAGCUGCUUGGGGCGAUGCGAUUUGCCUAAACAUCGAUGUCUUGACAAGGAGGACGUGAAACCUGGACCGAUCCCUAAGCAUAUGGGCUGGCUCUACACUGCAAAAGACGCACCUGAACAUCAGCUAAGAUGUGGAUGGCGUCCAGGUCACAUAUCAUGUGAUGUCCUCAGGAAAAUAGAGCAACACAACUGCAUGAAAUCUGGAGAAUGCUCUACUUGUUCUACGACUUGUGCGCGUCCAUCCUGCUACAAGUCAUGUUGCAGCCCUCCCCCAAAAUGCCUAGCUGUUUGCCCUGAACCUCCAUGCAAGGCUCCACCUUGUAACCAACCUCUGAUACGGAUCGUGAGACAUGGAGGACAAUACAGCAUUUGCACGAAACCCUCUGACAUCAGCAACGCUCCUUCUGGACCAUACCCAUUAAAAUACGUUCUCAACACUGAUGAAACAGACUCACAGCCAAAUGCAAAAUUCAGCUUAGAGGCGAAAUUUAAUGAUUACCAUUUCGACUACACCAGCUCCCAAGAUUCAUUUGUUUUAGAUUUCUCACCCCCCGAGCAAAAAUGCUACAAACCCUGUCCGAAGAAAAGUAUUGUAUGCAUGUUCUGCCAGACAGAGAGUAAAUUCUGUUGUAUUGGCAGCAAAUGUUGAGUUCGAAGAUUCUGAAUAAUCAAUAUUUGACAAUUAUUUUAAACUUCCCAAUUUCCUUAAAUGCAAUAAAAUAAUAAUGAUAACAAAUGAAGUAUUUUUUUUCAAAUAUUAGAAUUUAAACUCAUACAGUGCUACUUAUAAACAAGGUUUAGCCCCAGAGUAAAUUUACGCUAAAAUUGCAAUUUCAGUAUUAGUCCAGAUUCAUAUUACACAGAGAAUAAGCAAAUCUACUACCUUCUAGCAGCAAAUAUAACUCCCGUAGAACCUUUUACUAGGUAAACCUUUGCUAAGUCUCUGUUUAAUAAUAUGAUUUUUGACUAAUACGAAAAGCAGUCUCAGCGUAAAUUUAUUCCAUCGCUAAACCUUGUUUAUAAGUAAUACUGAUAAUUUUGAGAUCAAUUUUUAUACUUGUACUUGUACUUGAUUAAAAAAUGCAUAUGAUAUAAUGACAAUAUCUCUAAAUGAAACUGUAAAAUCAUUUGGAGACAAAUGUUAACUAUAAAUUGCUUCCUACGUAAUAAACAUGAUGUUCUAUGGGACAAUGCAUAGUGACAGAGAAAUUGUGUAUAUUAGUAUGUGAUCAAUGUUAGUAUAGAAAGGGCAAGCCUUAGCAGGGUAAGUAGUUUUUGAAAAACAAAAUGUAGUUAGUAAACAUAAUUUAUUUGUCAACACUAAGGAAAACUAACAUAAUAAAUAUAAAUACAAUUUGUAUUAAACAAAACACUUAACUUGUAUUACCAGACUUUUGUGCUAGUGCAAGCAUAUUUUCAUUGGCAAUCAUUUGGAAUUCAUGAAAACGUUGUGAAACUCGUUGAUUCAUUCUCAAAUAUUUCUCCAUACAAUUCAAAGUGCAU